AGAAAAAAAAAUGUUGUGUUUCCCCUUUCCCGACCGACCCUAAUUUUAGGCCACCGACCCUAAUUGUUUUUGUUUGAAAUACUGAAAAUCCGGAAAUUUUCGUAAAUUUAGCCCGUUUUCCGUUUUAUUAUUAUACACACCCAAGUCUUAUAAACGCUUGUAUAUGACGGGCACUGGUUUUAAAGCGUAUUGAUGACCUCGAUGUUCAAAAAACAUGGCGGCUUUUUGCACGCCGUCGUCUGUUUUGGCACUGACGAUAAAAAAAUGUAAACACAUGGACGAAAAGCGAAUUAUGACAUCACUGCCGCAUACAACGCUAUGUGGAGAUAUAUUUUAUAGAUAUCACGAAAAAAUUGUAAAAGGUGAUUGUGUUAUAUUGGGGAGGGAGGUUGGACAGUCGACUACCUUUGAGGUUGGACCAGGGCUGUCUGUUGGCGACGUUAUGAAUUUCAAUGUGAAGAGCUUGGAAUAUCACUGUCGAUGCGAUGAUGAGGUAGAGGAACUUAAACAGAAGAUCGAGGACUCAUCCAAACAAGCAACACAAAAAACAAUCAAUGCCUUUGAGCUCUUGAUGGCAGGGGGUCGAGAUUUCGUUAAAAAGAAGGAACGAAGGUAUGUAAUGUUAAAACAACAGUACUUAGUGUGCAUUUACUAUGUCAUGUUCCUGCUAGCAUAAGGGGAACAGCCCAAACAUAUGUAUACUAUCCUGACAGUCAGAAAUAAUUCAAAUAUGUUGAUAUAAUAUGAUACUGAACUAUACCAUCCUCAGAACAUUCAUUCUGGAAUUUUUGUAUUUUGCAUAGUUCUGGAGUGAAAGAAGGUCUGAACCAGAAAGAUGAAUUAUUUAAUGGACUGGUAGAUGAAUUCAAAACGAGUAAAGUCGAUUUCCCCAAAGCACAUGUCAACACUGAUGGACCUUAUAUUGUACAGGAUUAAAGGACACAUUGAGGUACUCUGCAAUGCAUUAUGGUAUAUCACCAACCACCAUGACAGGAUCAACAGUGAAAGCAGACGCAAAGGUGUUGUUAGUGUACCAAAGGUCUUUGAUAAAUAUCAGAAUUUCAAUGACACAAGAAAAAAGAAAAUAAAACAAGAAAAUCUAUCAGCUGAUCAAUUAGAAAGCCAUAGUCAAGCCCUGUAUAGCUUGCUGCUGAAACCUGUAACACAGAGCACCCCAGCAUGGAAGGAAGUUCAUGACAACAUUAAAGGUCUUGCUGAUUGCCUCUCUUCAUACAAAACAUAUCUUGUCAACAAAGCAAAAGAAAUGAACUUUAAUCACGAACUUGAACACCCUGUAAGAACAGUGGGGGAAAACACAACAGUGGAGCAUAGACAGCCAGGAAGAGAAAUUAAUGAGAAAUAUCUAAACCUUGAUGCAGAAUUAAAGACAAAGGAAGAGGGUUCAUUUGUUUUUUUUGAUGAAAGUAAACAUGUUAAAGUCCCAUUUGAAAGUGCCUUGCAACGUUUACGGUUUCUCGAGGACUUACAGUUAUCUGUCCCUGUUGAUGUCUACAAGUUUUCACCUGGGGGAAGUGCAACAUCAACAGUGUGUAUUGUAAAGUCAAAGCUACAAAGAAGUGAGAAAGAGAUCUUGGUAGAUGGGGCAAAAUUUGUUAUGACAAAUAAAGACAGUUUUUGUGAGUUUCACACCAGGUCAAUGAAACGCGCUUUCAAGAAGAAGAUAAACAACAUUGCUCAUGUUUCUCCAAUGAUUUUGAACUUCAUCUAUAAGGAAUUAACUAUGGAUGCAACAACAGCUGAACAUCCUGACACACAAGAAAGGCUACGUCUGAUUUCUUUGGGCGAGACUGACCUCAUUGCUGAUCUACGACAUUGCAAUCCAGGCAGACCAUCGGAAAAGUUUGAUACCUUUUUUCAGCACCUAGCCGAUUUAGUUGAAGAAUCCACAGCAGCAGAUGAACGCAGACAAGGAACCUCUCACCUCUCAGAAUGGAUAUCCCUUAGUGAUAUGAUUGAAAAAGCUCGUCAAAGAUGUCCAGAAAUGACACUGAUUCCAUCAAAAAGUCUAGUCAGACUGCAAUUUGCUCCCAGAAACCCCUACGCUAAAUCAGCCUGGAACUUUACAUCAAAGAUUGAUGUGCAGUACAAAAUACAGAGGCGUCAGCUAAGGAUGAAUCACCCCGAUCAACAUUACUGCAAUGCUCUUUUUAAAUACAUGAAGGAAAUGGCAAUUGAAUUACAGAAAGAGGGAGUCUCUGUUGCCUUAUUUAGCUGUGAUGACAAGGCAAAGGUGCCGAUUGGGGAACAAGGUUUUUCUGUCAGCACUGGAGUGAGAGGAAAGCAAACCAUAGCACCGACUUCAACAACCCUAGUUGCGGCUGAUCAUGAUAUGACAAAGUCAUCAUUAACACCUUCAGUUAUACUAGAGUGUGACAUUCCUGAUACAGUUGAAAAGUCAUUUGUCAGAGGACAGGUCUCGGUUACCGUAAAUGAUUCCGUCUUUCAAACCUCAAAUCCAUUCCGACAUGCUGCAUCACUUUCAAAGCGUCUCGCUGGAAGGAGUCUUCAAGUUCUACUUAAGUACACUGAUGGUGGUGUAGACCACAGGAACACGCUUGAAAGUGUCAAAUGUGCCAGUAUCUGUUUGUUCAAGGAGCACAACCUUGAUCUUCUUGUAGCUGGAAGAUGUGCUCCGGGACAUAGCUGGAGAAAUCCUGCAGAAAGGGUUAUGUCCAUACUCAAUUUAGGUUUGCAGAACUGUGCCUUAGAAAGAGUAUCAUUAGAUGUUGACAGCGAAAGGAUGUUGGGUAAAUGUGGUAGCAUGAAAGAAAUACGAGAGAUGGCUUCAAAGAAACCGGAACUACGGAAUUUGUACACACAAUCAGUUGAGCCAGUUCAAGCACUAAUCAGCAACAGAUUUCGACGGUUAAAAUUGAAAGAAAACCCCAUUGUAGCAUCAGAUCCAGUUACAGAUGAAGCGAUUGAUGUAUUAAAGCGACACCUGCGAGAGCUUUUUCCUCAGAUGGAUCUUGAUAAGCUUCAGAAAGUACACACCAAGAAAGUUCCUGCAUAUGUUGCAUGGAAGGAAGUACAUUGCCAGGAAAGACAGUAUAGUUUCCAGAUUAGAAAAUGUGACAACCCAGCUUGCUGCUUACAGGAAAUCCCCAAUUCCACUCGUCCAAAAUGGCUUCAAGACCCUGUUCUGAGAGAUGCUGAUCACUACAUGACUUACAAUGAGAUGAAAGGUCUUGAAACUGCAGACUUGAUGCCAACGAACACAGUUGAUAUGAAGAAGUCUACUGUGACCCCAACUACGAAAUGUGGAUCAGUUCCCAAAAAAAGGCAGCCUAAAACAUCUUUCAUUUCUGAAAAUGAAUUGGAGGGAGACUUCUCAUUUUCAGCACAGACCGCAAGAUCCUCUGUAACUUGUGUCGAGUGCCGCAAGCCACGUGUUGUGUACAGUAAAUUAAAGUUCUCUGGCCGACAGGAACUGCAACUUGCGGAACUAAUGAGCGAAUACAUAUAUACAUGUGGAUCACCUCUGACACCCCCUGGCCACGGUCUUCAUGGCAAAGCAUUGGUUAGAAUGACCCUCACCUGCGCUAAUCCCAUCGAAGUACCAUUUUACAGUGCAUCUCUUGGACGACUCGAUUUGUGCUACUAUUGUGGUGGUUGUGAUGGGGAGGUUGAUCAGGAAUUAAAGAAACAAUAUAAAACUGUUCUGCCCGUGUGUCUAGAAUGUCUCGAACAUGAACAGCCUCCAUGUUAUCGUCCAUACGGAAAAAAAUCGAAGAGUGGAAACUCUCAAUAAACUGCGUUUAUAAUGA